AGGUCUCUUCCUAACCACCACCACCACGAACGCAAACGCAAGCGCUACUACCAGUAACAAGAACACCAACAAUAUGAAUACUAGUGAAUUGAAUCCCAGCACAAACCGACGUCUGCGGGCUGCCAGCGGAGGCGCCGGUCUUCAUACACUCGAAGCUGUGGCCGCAUCUGAUGACGCCUUCCCACCCUUGAAGUUGGCUGUUGUCAAAGCCUUGGAUAUUAUUGAGAUCAUCAAGAAAUUCAACUCUAACAGGAGAGCCUGGGCCGCUUGUUCAGAUAAUCUUACUGGGAAAUUUGAGGAGAUCAUUCGGUAUAACUGUCAAUUUCGCAAGGAUCAUGUUCCGUCUGCUUUGCAAUCUUGGCUUGAGGAUUUGAAAGGAGCUUUGGACCAUCUAAAAGAAAGUGUUUCAGAUAUUCACCAGCAGAUUUUAAGGAAUUUUCCCAGCUUUACACAAGAUACAGAGCAUAUUGAGAAGUUUGAGGGAAAGGUGAAUGAAAUCAUGAGCUCUUUCCAUGUCCUUCUUUGGUAUGAGGAAAACUUCCAAACUGACAGUACAGAGACUGCUGAACAGCUGAGGACCACAGAGGCCAGUCAAGAUAGUGCUACAGCAGCUCAAGUAACUGUCUUUGCUGGGGCACAAGAUAUUCAGAUGGAUCAUAGUGUAAUUAUUGCUGGACAAGUUGUCCACUACAACAAUACUGAGGAACUUCAAGAUAAAAUCAAUGCCAUGAUAGAGGAAUCAAAGGAAAGUCAUGCAGAUAAAUGGUUGCAGGAGCUCAAGGCUCCAUUACAUAGCAAACCAUCAGAGAGAUGCAUGCCUGGAACUCGAGUGGAUGUGCUAACAGACAUUAAAGCAUGGGUAAAUGAUCCAAGCAUGCCAAACAUUCUCUGGCUUUCUGGCAGUCCUGGCUCUGGGAAGACAACAAUUGCUUCAACUGUUGUGGCUAGCUUUGAACAUCUUUCUGGGCAAUUCUUCUUCCACCGUGAUCAGACUGAGUUUCAGAAUCCAGAUAAUCUAUGGAGAUGCCUUGCUUUAGAUCUUGCUCAGGGAAACAGUGCAUUGAAAAUAUCUAUAGCCCAAGCACUAGAGGCACAGGAAGCUAAAAUCAGAGGUCUUGACAUUCCCAUGCAAUUUGAGCAUCUCAUUGUCAAGCCACUCCAGGAGGUGUCUCAAAGCUCUGCAGAGCCACUUCUUCUUGUUAUUGAUGCUCUGGAUGAGUGUGAUUCAUAUGAGAGACUCUUGCCUUCUUUAAAAUCCUGUUCUCAAAUUUCCAAGUCUGUAAAGUUUCUAGUUACAAGUCGCCGCUAUCCUGAUAUUCAGAAUGCAUUGAAACCUGUUGGUUAUCAUAUUGAUCUUCAUGCUGGAGAUGAAGUUUCUGAUCAGACUGCUGAUGAUCUUUGGAAAUACUUUACCAUAAGAUUUCUUGAAGGGGCUAAUUUAGAUACCUCAGCUCUAUAUCUGAAUUGGCCUGGUCUAGAAAAAAUUUCAUUUCUUGUAGAAAAAGCUGCUGGGCUAUUCAUUUGGGCUAAAUCUGCAAUGGACUUCAUCUUGUAUAAGGGUGGUAACAUUCAAGGGAGGCUGGAAGUUAUAUGUUCCAAUACUGGAGAAGGAACUGAUGCCAUUGAUGGCUUGUACCAUCAUAUCAUUUCUGCUGCUUUUCAGGGUCUAAGAGAAACAGAGAAAAAUACCUUGUCAUCAGUUUUGGGCUCCAUUGUCAUUGCAAGAAAUCCACUUUGUUCCAGUGAUCUUGAACAGCUUCUAGAGGUUCAAGAUGCAUUGUCUGUAAUCAGUCAACUAAGUCCAAUCUUGUCUAUCAGUGAAACUGGCCAUUUUCAGAUCUGUCAUCAGUCAGUUACAGAUUUUCUGCGUGACCCAAAGCGCUCUAAGGCUUUUUGGGUUGAUUCUAAGAAGCACAGUCUCUGCCUUGCUGGGUGUUGUAUGAAAUUUAUGAGUGCAAAGCUAAAGUUUAACUUUUUUGAUCUCAAAACAUCACAUAUCCUAAAUAAAGAAAUUCCUGAGCUGCAGGAUCAUAUUGAAAAAGUGAAAUCUACUGCUCUAGAUCAUGCAAGGUACUUCUGGGCAAUCUAUCUGCAACAAUGUUCUGAUAGAGCAUUGGAAGAGAAGAUAAUAGUUGAAAUGGAGAAAUUUCUGAUAAACCAUCUUUUACAUUGGCUAGAAAUUAUGAGUCUAAUGGGUGCUGUAAAUCAUGCUGCUCAGUUACUGCUUUUGGCUGAAACUUGGUGCAAAGCAUUGAACCCUAGUAUGUCAGAGUUUGCAAGUGAUGCAAACCAAUUUAUAAUGACAUUUUUUGAGCCAAUCUCUGAAGCAGCACCACACAUUUACAUCUCAGCACUGCCAUUUGCACCACAAAAUUCUAAAAUAUCUCUUCAUUUCAAAAAACAUCUUGUAAAAUCUUUGACAAUUGAGAAUGGUCAGAUGAAACAGUGGCCAGACAGGUGCCUUCUGAAAAUAAAGACUAACAAUGGUCCACUUGCAUAUUCACCUGAUGGCAGGCGCAUUGUCUCUGGAACUUAUGGAGCUAUUCAUGUCUGGGAUGCCCUCACAGGCCAUGAUAUCAUGUAUUUUAAAGGCCAUGCUGGCUAUACAAUCAAAAUAUGGGAUGCUUUAACAGGCCAGUGUGUUAUGGGUCCUCUUGAAGGCCAUGAUGACAGGAUUACCUCAGUCGUAUGUUCUCCAGAUGGUGGGCACAUUGUCUCUGGAUCCAGUGAUACGACAAUCAGAGUAUGGAAUACUUUGACAGGCCAGAGUGUCAUGGAACCUCUUAAAGGCCAUAGUGGUUCAGUUACUUCAGUUGCAUAUUCUCCAUGUGGCAGGCAUAUUAUUUCAGGGUCCCAUGAUUGCACAGUCAGAAUCUGGGAUGCUGUAACAGGUCAGUGUCUGAUGGAUCCACUUAUUGGUCAUGAUAAGGGAGUCAGCUGUAUUGCAUACUCUCCUAAUGGGAUGAACAUUGUUUCUGGAUCUUCUGAUAAGACAAUCAGACUCUGGGAUGCUCUAUCUGGUCAGAGUAUAAUGGUUCUUUUCAGAGGCUCUGAUCCAUUCUACACAGUAGCUUUUUCUCCUGAUGGCAAGCACAUUGUUUGUGCAACUCAAUGCCACAUAAUUAGAUUCUGGAAUGCUCUGACAAGUCAGUGCAUUUUAAGUCCUCUUGAAGAUGAUGAGGGUUCAGUUUUUAGAGUGGCUUUUUCACCCAAUGGCAAGCAUAUUCUUUCUAGAUGUGGGGACAAUAUAAUCAAAGUUUGGGAUGCUCUAACAGGUCACACUAAGGUAGAUCAUGUAAGAGGCCAUGAGGAUGCAAUAAGAUCAGUUGCAUUUUCUCCUGAUGGCAAACACAUUGUCUCUGGGUCUAAUGAUGCAACACUAAGAAUUUGGGAUGCUCUGACAGGUCUUAGUGUCAUGGGUCCACUUAGAGGUCAUGAUGCCAUGGUUACUUCAGUUGCAUUUUCUCCUGAUGGCAGAUACAUUGCCUCUGGAUCUCAUGAUUGCACUGUCAGAGUCUGGGAUGCUUUAACAGGUCAGAGUGCCAUGGAUCCUCUCAAAGGCCAUGAUAAAGGAGUUAUUUCUGUUGCAUUUUCUCCUGAUGGUAAAUACAUUGCCUCUGGAUCAUGGGACAAGACAGUCAGAGUCUGGAAUGCAUUGACAGGGCAGAGUGUGGUGGAUCCUUUCAUAGGACACACUCAUUGGAUUCAUUCAGUUUCAUUUUCUCCAGAUGGCAGAUUCAUCAUCUCUGGGUCUGAAGACAGAACAAUCAGAGCAUGGAAUGCCCUGACAGGUCAAAGUAUAAUGAAUCCCCUUAUAGGUCAUCAGGGUGGCAUUAACUCUGUUGCCUUUUCUCCUGAUAGAAGGUACAUUGUGUCUGGAUCUAAUGAUAGGACUGUCAGAGUGUGGGAAUUUAAUGCAGGACAGAGUAUCAUGGAUCCUCUUAAAGGCCAUGGGGAUGCAGUUGAUUCAGUUGCAUUCUCUCCCGAUGGGAGGUACAUUGUUUCUGGUUCUCGUGACAAAACAAUUAGACUCUGGAAUGCUGUAACAGGUCAGAGUUUGGGAGAUCCAUUUGAAGGCCAUCACAAAGGUGUUCAAUCAGUUGUCUUUUCACCUGAUGGUAGGCAUAUCGCUUCUGGAUCUUCAGACAAUACCAUCAGACUCUGGGAUGCUUAUGGAGGCUGCAUAGACUUAAAUCCCUCAGCUCCUUCAGUUACAUUGCCAUCCACAUUCUUUCCAUCUGGAGUUAUAAAUGUUAAUGACACUGAUACCCAUGACAGUGUAUCUCACAUUUUCAAGAGUAAACCUGUUGUUUUUUAUCCCUCUCAGGGACAUAAAUCUAAUAAUUGGAUCAUUGGAGAAGAUUUCAAAUCAUAUCUCUUCUGGGUGCCAACAAGCAAUAAACAUGGCUUAUUUUUUCCAAGAACAGUCAAUGUACUGGGCACCACUCCAACUAUACUUGAUUUUAGUAACUUUGUCCAUGGUACAAAUUGGAGUCAAUGUUUUUCACCAGCCUUAUAG